AUGAAUUGGCACGAACCAUCUUGUCUGGAGCAUGCAAAUGAAGAGUUAGAGAGAGAACAACUCACAGGCUCCCGAGAGCAAAAUGGAGAACGAGGAGAAAUGCGAGCAGAAGCUGGAGAAGGAGUAAUGCAAGAAGAAGUGAUGGCCAAUAAUGUUCAAGCUCGUUGCAUAGAUGAUCUGGAAUAUGAUCAAGUAAUGAACAUGACAUUUGACUCAGUGGAAGAUGCAGAGCUUUUCUAUUUCGUGUAUGCUAGAGCAAUGGGUUUUGGCAUAAGAAGAAGUGAUCGAAAAUAUUAUGAUGAUGGGAAGACACGUUAUAGAAAAUGGCUAUGCUGUAGGGAGGGUGAACGUGAAGAGAGAUGGAAAACAAUGGAAAAUCGAAUGAGAGAAGCAAAAGUUGUGACUAGGGUGAAAUGCAAAGCUUGCUUUCGAAUCAAGUAUGAUCUGCCAAGCAGCAAAUUUAUAGUCACUGAAUUUUUAAGGGAGCACAAUCAUACAUUGGCAACGCCCUCAACUGCCAUUUUUCUAAGAGCACAUAGAAAUGUUUCUGAUGCAGACUAUGCUCAUGCAUAUGCAUUGCGAAGGGUCGGGACAAGAACAAGCCAGAUUAUGAAGCUCUUUGCACUGGAGGCAGGUGGCUAUGACAAAGUCAAUUUUCAGAAUAAAGAUCUGUAUAAUAAAAUAGAAAGGGAGCGCAAGAAUGAGAUUAUACAUGGUGAUGCUGAGGGUGCAAUCGCAUAUCUACAAGGAAAAAAGGACUUGGAUAAUGACUUCUGUUACAAGUAUCAUACAGAUUCAGAAAAUAGACUAAUGCGUCUCUUCUGGGCAGAUUCACAGUCCUUAUACGAUUACAAAUGCUUUGGUGAGGUCCUAGUUUUUGAUUCUACGUAUAAGACGAAUGACUACAACCAGCCAUUGGUGGUGUUAUGUGGAGUAAAUAAUCAUUUCUCAACAUGUAUAUUUGCGUGUUGUUUAGUAUCCAAUGAAGAUGAGGAAGCAUUUGACUGGGUCCUUCAAACAUUAGUCGAUGCAAAUGGUGGGAAAAAGCCAAUUUCUAUUAUAACAGAUGGAGACCCAGCUAUGAAAAAAGCCAUCAAGAAUAUAAUACCUGAGGCAAGGCAUAGGCUCUGUUCCUGGCAUCUUCAACGAAAUGCAAAGUACAAUGCAAACAAAGCUUUCAUGAAGCGUUUCUCCUCGUGUAUGCAUAAUAAUUGGUCCCCUCAAAGAUUUGAGCGCGAAUGGGAAAAAGCCGUUAUUGAGUGUGGCAUCCAAGAUAGUGAGUGGGUGAAAUCAGUUUACAAAAAACGUGAUAAAUGGGCCACGGCAUAUCUUCGCGAUCAUUUCUUUGCAGGCAUGAAAAGUACACAGAGAUGUGAGAAAAUGAAUGACGUUUUAAAGAUUCAUUUGACAGGGGAGCUGAAAUUGUUUGAGUUCAUGCGGGCGUUCGAUUUGGGAGUUGCUGCUAUACGGCACGAAGAAAAUAGGCUAAUUGCCGAGACCGAACAAACAAGCCUUCUUCCAACCACUGAUAUGCCUUGGAUAGAGGAGCAUGCAGCAGAAAUAUAUACUAGAAAUAUAUUUUUGAUAGUCUGA